CAGAUCACCAAAGAUCUCAAGCGGACGCUGCCGAAUCAUGACAGGUACAAGACCGAUGAAGCACAAAGCGCGCUUGGGAGAGUCUUACGCGCGUACUCGCUAUGGCAUCCCACCAUCGGAUAUUGUCAGGGGAUGAAUUUCGUAUGUGCGAUCCUCUUGCUCAUCAUGGCAGAAGAAGAUGCAUUCUGGUUGCUGGCUGCAAUAGUCGAAGACGUUCUGCCUGGGUUCUACCAUCCAUCCUUGAUCGGAGUGAACACAGAUACGCACACACUACUCGAUCUCGUGGCGAUCAAACUGCCGGAUGUCUGGCAGAGCCUUCAGACGCUGCGGUUGGACCGUGAGUCUCUCUGCUCAGUCUUUGUCUCUUGGUUCAUGUGCCUCUUCAACCAGCUCCCCAGUGAGAGCAUGCUUCGAGCUUGGGACCUGCUUCUCUUCGAGGGCUCCAAGACUCUGUUCCGGAUCUCUCUCGCCCUCCUCAAGCUCUACUCCAAGCAGCUGUCGGACCUGGCGACCGCAGUCGAGCAGGGUCUCAUCCCUCACGAUACCGCAGGACACGAGGCGCUCAAAGUGAUGAGGGGGAUGCCGAGCAACGCCAUCGACAGCAACGAGCUGAUCAUGACGGCAGCAGGAGGGCUGGGAAGCAUGCCUAAGACGAUGCUCUACAAGCUGAGAAUGCAUAACUCAAGGAGAGUG